AGCUUGUUGCUCAGUGCGCAAUGCCCUCCUUCAAAGUGGCGCUUUGCUCCCAAAAGGGAGGGCUGGCUUUCUACCGAAGUGAGCUCCUCCGAUGACGUGCCUGGAGGCUGAUGCCUCGCUGCAGUGUCACUGCAAUGGCUGAGGGGCUGGGGUUCGGAUGCUUACAAUGAGCUCAUUUUCCCAGGAGGAAGGAAAGCAGGGAUCGGGGGCAUCGCCGGGCUACCACUGCAAGCUCCUUGUGAAAGGAGCACCUUCUAGCACCUUCCUUAGUUUACCUGGCCUGGUUUUCCCUUGCAAGGCUGUGUGUGCAGGGUGAGCAGAUUUCUCUUUAAAAAAAAAAAAACACCAAGCAGAGAAAAAAGAAAAAGGAAACCCUGCACGGUUGAUUCUCAGCCCUUUCUCCUCUUCCCUCCUUUUCUUCUCUCCUCCUCUCAAUGCUUUCUCAGACUGGCUUGCCGAAUCGCCCUCUCAACUCUUUGGAGGAUAAAACACGUAUAGCACCCGGAGAAGUCAGGGAUGGAGUGGACCUUUUGAAUUGGUUUUCUUUCAAAAGGACCAAAUGAGGUAAAUGGCAAAACAUCCCAGCCAAAACCCAAACGCCCAACAACUCCAAAUUGCCAUCUGUCUGCUACAAACAGCCGGCAGGUCCUAGGAUGAAGCACACCGCAAAUGCGUGGACUGAUACUAUCGCCAGGGCGCUGGAACCAUGUCGUGGAAGAGAAUCAAGGACUAGAUGAGAACGGAAGGUUCUUUCUGCCUGGGCCUUUAUCCCUCUCGCCAGACCGUCUCACGAUGUCAAAGAAGGGUGCCAGCUUUCGAGCUAAAGGAGAAAAACCGGACGCUUUGGCCGCCUUGCAAGCUGCUAAUGAAGAGCUCAGGGCGAAGCUCACAGACAUUCAAAUUGAGCUUCAGCAAGAAAAGAGUAAGGCCAGCAAAUUGGAGAGGGAGAAAAACCAAGAAACUAGGCAGAUUAAAGAACACGAACAGCAUAAAAACACAGUCAUUGUAACGGAACUCAAGGCUAAACUUCAUGAGGAAAAAAUGAAAGAGCUCCAGGGUGUUCGCGAAGGACUUUUGAGGCAGCAUGAGGCUGAGAUUCUUAGAGUUAUCAAAAUUAAAGAUAAUGAGAUUCAGAGACUCCAAACCUUACUUAACGCUGUACGAGAUGGGACACCUGACAAGGUUAAGACGGUGCUCUACUCUGAAGCAAAAGAAGAGGCCAAGAAAGGAUUUGAAGCGGAGAAAAUUAAAAUGCAGCAGGAAAUUUUGGAACUGAAGGGGGCAAAGAAACAAGUGGAGGAAGCUUUAUCGGUAGUCAUUCAAGCUGACAAAAUAAAAGCAGCAGAGAUAAGGAGCGUUUAUCACCUACAUCAAGAAGAAAUCACCCGGAUAAAGAGAGAUUGUGAUCGGGAAAUUCGCAAGCUGAUGGAGGAGAUCAAAUUUAAAGACAGAGCAGUCUUCGUGCUGGAAAAAGAGUUAGGGGUUCAAGCUGGGCAAACUCAGAGACUUCAACUCCAAAAGGAGGCUUUAGAUGAGCAGCUGUCCCAGCUCAGAGAGGCCGACCGGCAUCUGAGUAGCCCCAAGCGGGAACUUCCUCAUCCAAGUGGUGCAGGAGACACUUCAGAUCACUCAGGAAGCCCCGAACAGCAGUUGGAUGAAAGGGAUGCUCGGCGUUUCCAACUUAAAAUAGCCGAAUUAAGCUCCAUCAUCAGGAAACUCGAAGAUCGGAAUGCGUUACUGUCAGAGGAACGAAAUGAACUUGUGAAACGUGUAAGAGAAUCUGAGAGCCAGUACAAACCACUGCUUGACAAAAAUAAACGUCUCAGUAGGAAAAAUGAGGACUUAUCCCACACCUUACGUCGUAUGGAAAACAAACUCAAAUUUGUAACGCAAGAGAACUUAGAAAUGAGGCAAAGAGUGAGGACGAUAAGAAGACCAAGUUCUUUAAAUGAUCUUGAUCAAAAUCAAGAUGAAAGGGAAGUGGACUUUCUGCGGUUGCAGAUCAUGGAGCAGCAGAAUAUCAUAGAUGAGCUUUCAAAGGGCAUGGCAAAAGAAGAAACGGAAUUAAGAUUCAGGCAGCUGACAAUGGAAUAUCAAGCUUUACAGAGAGCAUAUGCACUCUUGCAAGAACAAGUUGGAGGAACGUUGGAUGCUGAGCGAGAAGUUAAGACUCGUGAGCAGCUUCAGGCAGAAAUCCAGAGAUCCCAAGCUCAAAUAGAGGAUCUAGAAAAGGCACUUGCUGAACAAGGACAGGACAUGAAGUGGAUUGAAGAAAAACAGGCUUUAUACAAAAGAAACCAAGAGCUUGUGGAAAAGAUAAAACAAAUGGAAAUAGAAGAAGCUCGGCUAAAGCAUGAUGUUCAGGAUGCUAAAGAUCAAAAUGAAUUGUUGGAAUUUAGAAUAUUAGAACUUGAGGAGAGAGAAAGAAGAUCACCAGCAAUUAAUUUUCAUCACAUUCCUUUUACGGAAGGGAAGAGCCCCCUCCAAGUCUACUGCGAGGCAGAAGGAGUAACAGAUAUACUAGUAGCAGAGUUGAUGAAAAAACUGGAUAUUUUAGGGGAUAACGCCGUAAGUAACUUAACGAAUGACGAGCAAGUUAUAGUCAUACAAGCAAGGACAGUUUUGACACUGGCAGAAAAGUGGCUACAACAGAUAGAAGUUACAGAAUCAGCACUCCAACAAAAGAUGAUAGACUUAGAAAAUGAAAAGGACCUAUUUAGUAAACAAAAGGGGUAUCUGGAUGAUGAAUUGGAUUACAGGAAACAGACUUUAGACCAAGCACACAAGCACAUUUUGGAAUUGGAAGCCAUGCUCUACGAUGCUCUACAGCAGGAAGCAGGAGCCAAAAUGUCAGAAAUACUGUCAGAGGAAGAGAGGGAGAAGUUGAAGAAUGCUGUGGAACAAUGGAAGCGGCAGGUUAUGAGUGAACUCCGAGAAAGGGACUCCCAGAUUCUCCGAGAAAGGAUGGAGCAUAUUCAACAUGCACAACAGAGAAUUAAGGAGCUAGAAGAAAGAAUUGAAGCUCAAAAAAGACAAAUAAAGGAAUUGGAAGAAAAGUUUUUAUUUUUGUUUUUAUUUUUUUCUCUAGCUUUCAUUCUUUGGUCCUAGUGUGUCCAUCCAGCGACAAGAGGUAAGCGUCCUCGUUGCUUAUUCUUUCUGCACUCCUUUCGCUGAGCCUAAUGGUUUCCUCUGAUCCACGCAGCUGCAGGGAUGGCUUGGGAUACAGUCAAGGCUUAGCUGAAAAGCAGGUGAAAAAUAAAAGGAGAGACUACAUGGCAGGCGCCAAAGCAUAUAAAAAAUAGGCAAUGUUUUGACUACACUUUUCCUUUUAAUUUCUUAUAUGGUUUUUGGGGGGGAAUUGUUUUCUUCAGCUUUUCUCAAACCAAGUUAUUUGUGCACCAUAAAUUACAGAUACCCGUAAUAGCAAUAUGUUAAAAUGUUUAUAUAUUUCUUAGUUAUAGAAACUAUAAAGUAUAAUAGCAUAUCACAAAGAUACUUAAAAAUCAUGCUUUCAAAUCAUUUUUUCUUUAUUCCCAACAUCUGUCUCCUGCAGUUUUCACAAGCGGUUUGCCACAUCCUCCUGUCAGAGGGACUAGUUUAAAGCCUCACAACUGUAUUUUGCCCAACAUAGGACUAGAAUAGUGUUUUAUAGUGUCCUGGUUUUGUUCUGACCGAGGCUUCCCAAGAGCAUGAAGCAAACUCCUGGUCCUGACAAAAAACCCUUUUAUUAAUUUGC